AUGGAGGUAGCUCUCUUCCUCUCCUGUUUUCAUAGGCCCUCUGUUGUCGUCGUUCUUUGUUAGGGCCCUGCUUGCACGAUUUUCCCGUCAUCGUCCUCCACUUCGUUCUUAUGAAUUAUCGAUUCGAUUCAGAGCACAAUCUGAGGAACAAUAUUAGUCUCUCUGAAAUUCGAGAGAAUUGGCAUAUAAUUUAGGGUAGGCAGAUAUUGUUUUCUCAUUUCGUCUGUCGCAGGAGUUGUUCUGUUCUUCACGUGUUUCCUGUGGAAAAACUGACCAGAAACACGGAUCUUCGUAGUCUCCAGCUUCCUCACAUCCAAUUCAGGCUCCCAGAAAAAUGUCGUGCACAAGGCUGGGAUUCUUUUGGGAAGUCUCAAUUACUGAAUUUCAAAAUUUUAAUAACGAAGAGAAUGGAGGGAGGCAGCGGGGCAACGGAGGAACAAUCCGUAGACAUUCAGUAGAAAUAUAGCAAUAAUCACAUGGACAGCAAAGCAGCGUCUGGGAUCAAUGCCAGGCUCAUGUCUCCUACUGCCUUCUCAGUAGGACCAUAAAACGUCCGACCUUCUGUCAUUCUUUGCCUGGCAUUCUUGGCAAUGAUCCAAGGAGACCAUGCUAUUACACGCAGCCUACGUUGAAACCAACUCUUCCCCAAAGAAAAUCAACUCCAUAAAAAGCUAAUUUUCCCGAUUCAUGACUUGUAUUGAGAUGAAAUUGAAACCAGAUGAUCCAUUCCUUUUUGUUUUUAAUUUGAGCAUCCUGAUUUAAUAAUUUUCUGUAGUUAAGUUAUUGUGGCAAUGUCUAUUUGACCAAUUUGUUAAUUUUACGAAAACUUUCAGCAAUUCAUGGCAAGAGGGUCCAUCUCUAAGAACAAAGGACUUAUUGAACAUCUACAGCAGUAUGGCAUUAUCAAGUCAAAAAAGGUAGCAGAAGUUAUGGAGACUGUUGACCGAGGAUUGUUUGUGCCUGACGGAAGUGCUGCCUACAUCGACAGUCCUAUGCCCAUCGGAUACAAUGCAACUAUAUCUGCACCUCAUAUGCAUGGCAUGUGUCUGGAGCUUUUAAGAAACCACUUACAGCCAGGAAUGCGAGCCUUGGAUAUUGGUUCAGGUGUAGUACUUGCACAUCUAUCUUAUCCAUUUUUAUUCUGCCCUUGAAUCAUUUAGGUUCUCAAGUUUUCAAAUCUGGCAUGAGCUAAAUAUGGAAAAUGGAAUUUUUUAAAUUAAUAUGUUUCUAUUCUUCAAUGUAAUAUUUUUCUUUUAUAUUAUAAAAUCUGUAAUGUGGUAUCUCUGACAGGCUAGAUAGGAUAACGGGGUUUCCGUGAAAUAGGUUUUAACAUGAUUCAUAUCAUGGACGGACAAAGCCCGAAAGGUGUUCAGUCCAUCAGAUGUAUGUACCUCAAAUUUAUUUAAGAUUUUACAGAGACACUCGUUUAUGCUCAGUCGGCUCUAAAGAACACCUUUACUACAUAAAAGCAAUGGAAACCCAGAUAGUAUCCACCUCCUCUUUCCUCAUUACAAAACAUGUUUCCUCUCUUUUAUUCUUGAUCAAUCAAACAUCUCGCUCGAACAUUUAAUUCCCAGCUUUCUUGGACGUUGAAUCCAUUUUGCUCCCGAUGAAGGAUGUUCGCACAUUUAUUUUCUGCCUGUUAACUUUUAUUGUCCAUGUUUUGAAUGCUCUAAGAGAGGUAGAUUGGAGUUGAAUUUAUUUUACAUAUUGCAUCAUAUUUCAUUCAGCAUCUAUUUAUUUAAUCUCAUGUUUUAGGAACAUUUUUGUAACUAGUUUCUAUGUUUUCAAAGCUUUUAUAAUUGUUCUCGAGAUGAAAUAAGCAAUAAAAACCUCUUGUUGGCAUUACAAAUUUUAUGCCAAGAAUGUCAUUUGGGAACGAUGCUUAUUUUUAUAUGCAUGCAUAUGCAUAGAUGAGACUAGAUAGGCCCUUUGACUAGUGAAUUCGAUUGCUGUUCCCCUCCUUGCGCUCACGUCCAUAUCAAAUUAUUGUAUGCAUCUAAGUUUCCAAGAUUUCAUGUUAACAACAUAUGUUUCAAACAAAUCCUCAACAUAUGUUGACAACAUUGAUUUCCUCUCCCCUCCUGUAUUUCGCCACUAAAAGUAAAUUUCUAUUCCCCUCCCGCAUAAAAUGCUACGAAAGAGUAUUUCUAUCCUCAUAUGUAGGCCUCUUUUGGUAAAUAUUAUUCUCCUCCUUCUCCCUCCCCUUUUGGCUUGAUUACUUUGCGACACCUGCAGGAACUGGCUAUUUGACAGCGUGUUUCGCCAUCAUGGUUGGUCCACAAGGCCGUUCUGUGGGUGUAGAACACAUUCCCGAAUUAGUAGCUUCUUCCGUUGAAAAUAUCAAGAAAAGUGCUGCAGCGGAGUUGAUGAAGGCAGGCUCCCUUUCUGUACAUGCUUCCGGUAUGUACCUCCCAGAAUAUGGACCGUCACUCCAAUCUCAUAAUUAGCGAUACGCCUAGUGUUUACUUAGGUGAAUGCUCGUUCAGAUAUUUAUUAGUCAGAUUUUGGUAAUUCGAGUAAGUAGGAGAUCAUCUAUAAAUUUGGAUCGUCAUGGGAAAUAACAUUUCCAUAUAUUCUUUAAAAUUUUCUCCGGAAAGAGUAACUAGAUGUGGGUAAAUUUGCACAUCUUGGCUGGCCCAAGUUCUUAAAUUGGUAAAAAUAUUUAUCUCAACCAGGAGGUGGGUAAAUUACUAAAUGUGAAUUCUCAUACGCCCAGAUGGAAGGCUUGGCUGGCCCGAGUUGGGGCCCUACGAUGCCAUCCAUGUGGGGGCUGCAGCUCAUGAGCUUCCUGAGCCACUGGUCCAGCAGCUGAAGCCCGGUGGAAGGAUGGUGAUCCCCGUGGGCAACAUCUUCCAGGAGCUGAAGGUGGUGGACAAGAAGCUGGACGGCUCAAUCAGCGUCCACGACGAGACAUCAGUGCGGUACGUCCCGUUGACAUCAUCCGCAUCCCAGUUACACGGAUAUUGA